ACUGCAAUCGGAAGGAGUUUGGACGAGAUGUCCACCAAAUCCGUAAAAGCCUUACGUCGUCAGUUGCCAAUGUCCCGCGACAAGAUGGACUGGAACAAGUUGGCCUCUUAUCAAGUUGGCAAUGAGUUGACCCGCCUGAGUUGCUCAAUUGGUGCUUCGGCUGCGGCAGCUGCUACUUCCUCGACCACCUCAACUUCUUGA